CUCCCGCGGCGGAGCAGGAGCCGGAUGGUCAGAGGAGCCCGGCAGCCCCAACAGCCGCGAAGUCGCCUGGUCCCUAGACUGACUGGCACAGUGGAGAAACCGCCCCGCAAACGGAAAAGCAGUCUUGCUAAGUUGCCCACACUGGCCUCGAACUUGGGAUCCUCCUGCCGCAGUCUCCUGCAUAUGUGGGAUUGAAGGUGUAUGCUAUCUCAUCCAGCUGCCUUUCCUCAUCUUAAAUAUAAAUGACUGAAUUUGCUCUUAAAGAAAUCAUGUCCUCUGGAGGUGCUGAAGAUGACAUCCCACAGGGAGAGAGAAAAACAGUCACAGAUUUUUGUUAUCUUCUGGAUAAAUCUAAGCAACUGUUCAAUGGUUUAAGAGAUUUGCCACAGUAUGGACAGAAGCAGUGGCAGUCCUACUUUGGAAGAACUUUUGAUGUUUACACCAAACUCUGGAAGUUCCAGCAACAGCAUCGACAAGUUUUGGAUAAUCGGUAUGGCCUGAAGCGGUGGCAAAUAGGGGAAAUUGCUUCCAAGAUUGGGCAGCUAUACUACCAUUAUUACUUACGUACUUCUGAGACCAGCUAUCUGAAUGAAGCUUUCUCCUUCUAUUCUGCCAUCAGACAGAGAUCAUAUUAUUCUCAAGUCAAUAAAGAGGACAGACCUGAACUAGUAGUUAAGAAGCUGCGCUACUAUGCAAGGUUUAUAGUAGUUUGUCUUCUUCUCAACAAAAUGGAUGUUGUGAAGGAUCUGGUAAAGGAAUUGUCAGAUGAAAUUGAGGAUUACACACAUCGUUUCAAUACUGAAGAUCAAGUGGAAUGGAACUUAGUGCUUCAAGAAGUAGCAGCUUUCAUUGAGGCCGACCCUGUAAUGGUGUUAAAUGAUGAUAAUACCAUCGUUAUCACAUCCAAUCGCCUUGCUGAGACAGGAGCCCCAUUGCUGGAGCAGGGGAUGAUUGUGGGACAGUUGUCUCUCGCUGAUGCGCUCAUUAUUGGUAAUUGUAAUAAUCAGGUUAAAUUCAGUGAACUAACUGUUGACAUGUUUCGGAUGUUACAAGCCCUGGAAAGAGAACCAAUGAACUUAGCCUCUCAGAUGAACAAGCCAGGAAUGCAGGAAUCUGCUGACAAGCCUGCCAGACGAGAAAACCCCCAUAAAUAUCUGCUCUACAAACCAACCUUUAGCCAACUCUACACAUUCUUAGCAGCAUCUUUUAAGGAGCUGCCUGCCAAUAGUGUGCUUCUGAUCUACCUGUCAGCCACUGGAGUUUUCCCCACAGGUCGUUCUGAUAGUGAAGGUCCUUAUGAUUUUGGAGGUGUACUUACUAAUAGUAACCGAGAUAUUAUAAAUGGAGAUGCUAUCCACAAACGAAAUCAAUCCCAGAAGGAAAUGCACUGCCUUCAUCCUGGAGAUCUCUACCCUUUCACAAGGAAGCCCCUGUUUAUCAUUGUGGAUUCUUCCAACAGCGUUGCAUACAAGAACUUCACAAACUUGUUUGGACAGCCCCUAGUCUGUUUGCUUUCUCCUACGGCAUAUCCAAAAGCUUUACAAGAUCAAUCUCAGCGAGGUAGCCUCUUCACUCUGUUUUUGAACAACCCUCUAAUGGCCUUCCUGUUUGUGUCUGGAUUGUCAAGCAUGCGUAGAGGUCUAUGGGAAAAGUGCCAAGAAUAUCUUCGAAAAAUCAACCGUGAUAUUGCUCAGCUACUGACCCAUUCACGUUCAAUAGAUCAGGCAUUUCUCCAGUUUUUUGGAGAUGAAUUUCUUCGCUUACUUCUCACAAGAUUUAUCUUUUGUUCAGCCACCAUGAGGAUGCACAAGAUUUUUCGGGAAACACGAAAUUACCCAGAAUCAUACCCACAGCUGCCAAGGGAUGAAACUGUGGAGAAUCCUCAUCUCCAGAAGCACAUUUUGGAAUUAGCAUCCAUUCUGGAUGUUCGAAACGUCUUCUUUGAAAAUACCAUAGAUGACUAUUAAAACACAAACCCUCUUGUUGAAACAGUUUUUCAUUUUUCACAGAUUUUAAAUGGUGCAGUUUUCUAAUGUGACAACAGACACACAGUGUGUUACUUAGUUUUUAUUUUUUGAUUUAGGGACUACCAUUUUAAAGGCAAACUGAAAAAAAUGUUCAAACUUUUAGGGUAACUUUUAAAAUGCAGUCUUUCAAGUCUUUUAGAAACUCAGUUUUUAUUUUUGGGUUUUGAUUACCUCCAACAUCCAGUCAUAUACUUAAAUAGUCACUGUUUUCACCCUGAGAAGAGUAAAUUGUGUAUUUUUUAUAAUGAGAAAAAUCCAGCUCCUGUACGUGGACCUUAAAUGUCUGGAUUUGGAAAAUAUGUAAUUGUUCAUAAUGACAAACUGGCUAGCAUGGACUACUGAAAAGCAAGAACAGAGCCUUUCCAUAAUAUUUCUUUUUAUUCCAAAUUAGUAGGUAAAAAAAAGUGUGCUUUUUUUUGGUACCGGGGAUCAAACUCACAAUCUUGCACUUACUAGGCAGGCACUUAUGCCACUGAGCUAAAUUCCCGGCCUCUAAUGUGUGCUUCUUUUGAAGUGUAAUCCAUGCAAGUCCUGAUCAUUAAAUACCUUUAAAUUCUGUCAAAAAUUCAGAAGUGGUUUAGGGUUGAUUUUUUUUUUUUUUUUUUUUUUUUAUAAAAGCUAAAUCUUUUAGCUGGGACUUGAGGUGAUAAGUGAGUAUUGUGUUAUUAUGAAAUUCGUUUGAAAAUUUUAUUUCUAUUCAGUCUUUGCUGGAAAUGAAAAAAAAACAAGUUUUAAAUAUUUCAAUAAAAUGUCAGGUUAUUAAUUUCCUAAUACACUGUCGUUAGGAGUUCUACUUAAUAUCUUAAUUUAGAAGGUCAAAUUUAAAAACUGGAUUGAUAUCUGUAGCAUAUUAUAUAGUUUCUCUUUGCCUAGUUCAAAUUUAUGAGACUUCAAAAUCAGAGAUAAUAAUUUUGGUUAAGUGUAACUUGAUACUAUGAAACUUAAAGCAAAAGUUGAUUUUGCUUUGAAAAUUUGGAAAUAUGUUUUGCUAAAAACUCUUAAUUAUUGUAUAUUCAUGCACCAGUUUUAUAUGAUUUUUUUUUACUUUUUUAAGUAGGAUUCAGAAUAUAAUAAGUUUUUGUGUUUUAUCCUUUUAUUUCCUUCAUAGCUUCAUAAGCACUAUCUGUGUAAGGUUCUUCCCCAUAUUUUUAUAACAUUUCAGUUCACAAAUUACCUAUCAAUCAGAAAGCCUUUUUAUCUGUAUAGGCUGUCUAGAAUCAGAUUCACCUUUGGCAGUACCAGGCAAUAUGAGGCAGUUGCUUUUAGUAACUUUCCUAUGGUCUCUAGGGAAGUUUUACUGUAAUAUUUUUAACUUGGCUUUCAUUUCUUGCCUAAAGAAUAAUUUGGGUCUAAGUUAUUCCUAUACUGGCUUUAGUCUGCUAAUUUUUUAUCUGAAGUCUUGAAAUUAUUGCUCUUAGAUUUAGGUGUUCGUUUACUUUUAAAAAAUUAUUAUUAUAUAUAUUCUUUCAAAUGGUAUUUCAGAAAGCUUGAGAGAAGCCUAUAAAGAUUUCUUUUGCAAGUGGCUUAUUUUUCAUUUUCCGAUGGACUGCUUCCUGUUCUGCAUGUCUUAACAAAUCGUAUAGGUUUCUUUCCUAACGGUGUUCACCUGACUGCAUCAGUAGCCCAUCUUCAGUUAUCUGGUCUCUUUAAUCCAGCUCCCAUAAAGUUCUCUGCCAGUUAUUCUCCUACGAACAUACUUCCUGUUUUCAGAUGUUUAAAGUAAUAUUUAUUAUUCUGGGCUUUUAUCCUCACUUGUUAAGCAUGAGGAAUACUGAUCUGAGGCCCAGGAAACCUGAGUUUUAAUAGUGGCUUUCUUAUUAAGUAGCAUUGUGCCCUUUGACAAGUGUCUUCAUGUUCUGCUUUUGAGCGCUCCCAUGUGUAACACAAGACUCAACCCAAAGUCUGUGAGUCUACAGCUAGGACUCGUACUUCCGGAGAUCAUGAUUUCUCUACCAUUACCACCAGGAAAACUAGUUUCUGUGUUUUUAGUAGACACAACAUUCUUAUUGAGAUCAUGUAUUGUUUCAUCCAUACCCUUAGAAGACAUGUUUAUUGCCCAACCACUCUACUCCACAUUUUCAGAGUGUGGAGAAGCAAAAUAGACUUUAAAGUGCUUAUCUUUUGAAGCUUACAUUCUCUAGGGUUUUUGGUUUUGGUUUUGGUUUUGUUUUGUUUUGUUGGUACCAGGAAUCAAACUCAGGACCUGGCACUUGGCAGGAGGGUACUGUGCCUUUGACCUAUAUCCUUUACAUUUUCAAAGAGAGAGUCACGCAAUAAACAGAAAUUAUUAGAUUUAUGUUAAAAAGAUAAGCAGGAUGGAGAAUUUUUAGAACAUGGGAAGGAAAUUUUUUUGUUUGUGUUUGAGAGAAGAGCAUUGUCAUGGGCUAGGGUUAUAGCCCAUGAUAGUCAGGCUUAGUCACAUAAGCGCCUGUCUGACAAGUGCGAAGUCCUGAGUUCAAUUCCAAGUACCAAAAUAGAUAAAAUAAAAUAGAAGAGAUACCAGAACUGAGCAUGAUGUAGUGUAUGCGUGUAAUCCUAGCACUCUAGGAGGCUGAAGGAGGAAGAUCUCAAAUGUGGGCCCACCAUAAGCAACUUAGCACCAUAGCAAGACCUCAUCUCAAGAUAGAAAGGACCAAGAAAUGUAGCUCAGUGUGAAGCCCUUAGGUUCAAUCCCUAGAGCAAAAAGGAAAGACAAAUCAGUGUAUGUGUCAUUGAGAAGGUCAUGUUUUCUUAAAAACUCUAUUUUUGUCUUUAUUUUUAAUUAUAUUUUUAAACACAUACAGAGGCUGGUGAUUGCUUCUUUUGUACUCUUCAUUCAGCUUGUAUGGUUUCAGGCAUUAUUUUAAUCACAAAAUGUAAAAGGACAAUGGGCUUAGUGUGACAGAUUCUGUAUUUUAACUGUUUGCCAGGCUUCUUUAGACCAAUUUCAAGCCCUAUUUAAUUUUAGAAUUCAUAAAAAUUUAAAUAUUAAGCUGAGCGUGGUGGCUCACACCUGUAAUCCCAGCACUCAGGAGGCUGAGGUGGGAGGAUUAUUGGGAGUUGGAGACCAGUUUGGGCUACAAAGUGAGCUCAAGGCCAGCCUGAACUGCAUAGUGAGACCCUGUCUCAAAAAAGACCAAAAAAAAAAAUUUUUUUUAAAUAUUGGCAUCAAUAGCACAGCAACACAAUGGGAAACAACUUUUUCAUUUUCAGAUUGCGCAGGUUCUCCACGGAGAUUUCUGCAGUCACUGACCUCUUUUACUAAUCACUGCAGAGAAGCUGGCCAUAACGGGGGCACACCUGUAAUCUCAGCUGCAUGGGAGGCUGAGGCAGGAGGAUCACAAGUGCAUGCUGUAUGUUCCAUCACCAGUAACCAAACCAAGAAAGAGGUAAAAAAUACAGUGUGCAAACUAGGAAACAUAAAAUUGUAAGAAAUCAGUUAUAACCAAAACAUAAUUAACUCAGUGGACUUUUCUUUUUCUUACCCUGAUGUUUCUGAAGUUGGCAAAGCAACUGUUUUCCUUGUUUCACAGAAGAGAAAGCUGUGAUCCAGAAAACUAUCUGAUUAUUCAUAUAAUGAUAGAGCUGGAACUAAACUCAGAUCUCCUAAUCUCAGGCCAGUAGCCCCAGUAGUCAAGACUGCUUUCUUAUAAUGAGCAAGGAACAAAUUAUUAAGGGGCUCUGUCUUGGCGCAGAGCAUCAUGAUAUUCUUUUUAUCAAAAAUCUUUUUUUUGAGACAGGGUCUUGCUGUGGAGUUUAACCUGGACUUUGAACUUGUGUGAUCCUCUGCUUCACCCCUGAGUGCUAGGAUUACAGGCAUGCACCACCACACCAGGCACUCAUCAAUUCCUGAAACCAGUAAAUCAGCUCUGCAAAAUUUUUCUUAAUUAUGAAAAUCUGAUUUUAAUCAGGAUAUAUUCUUUGUAUGUAUGAGUUUUUCUCAUAGAAAAUGGUGCUCUCAAAAUCUCUCAAAGCACAGAAUUUAUCCUUUGCACUUUUACCAGAUUGAAAUGUGAAGCAAACUGCAACCCAGUCAUGUCAGAUGUGUUCCUGAUGCAGGAGCAGGAUUUUAUUUUCCUCUGUUUAUGGCUGCUGCCCUUUAUUUUCUUCGUGCAGCUGAGUUUCUUGAAACAUAUUAAGUGGCAAUUGCAUUGAAUUUAAUUCUCACAAAAGGGGAAGCAGAGUCAGAAGAGGUGGCACCUAUCUGUAAUCUCAGCACUGUGGGAGGCUGAGGUGGAGAAUUGUGAGCCUGAGCAAUUUAGCGGCUUUGCCAGAUCUUGUCCCAGAAUAAAAAUUAAAGGCCUGGAGAUAUGGCCCAGUGCUGUGGGGGAUAGGGAAGUGUAGCAGAUCAAAUUGCUUCCUUUUGUAAUUUUCUCCACAUUUAAUUUUUACCGUGUGAUUUAUCAUCCUUUUAUCUCUGAGAAGUGCUUUGGAUCCAGUUGAAAAAUCUUACACUUAUACAUAGAAAUGAGUAAUCAGCCUGCUAUCCAGAGAAUAUUCUGGACUGGAAAUAUAGUAAGAUGCCAAGAUACGCAAACUUGAAACUGCCAGUAAUUCACAGUCACUUGCCCCACACUCCAUGAGUAAAUGAUUUGAUAUGGAUAUGGAUGCUUUGAGUCUGUUGGUGGUAUUUUGGGUGUUUAUGUUUCCGUGUGUUUAUUUGGAGAAUAUAUUUACACUGAGGGCUCUCUUUUGACCUUAUUUAUUUAAAAUUCCUGUUUUAUUUUUAGUGGCAUGUGUAUAUUUUUGUGAUGCUAAAUACAAUCUCUGUGUAUAGGUUUUGUAUAUAUGUAUGUGUACAUAUUUGUAAAUAUGUUGGUUGCAGUGAUGCGGUUACAUGUAUAUUAUACCCAUACCCAUUGUGGGCUGAAUUUAUUUAAGUUCUGUGAGGACAUCCUAGUGGCAUUGUUCAUGCUGCUGUAAUUAGGUUGUGGCUAGAUCUCAUUCACGAGCUUCUAUUUUGAGGGGCUUGUAUUGGGAUAAAAUGGGCUCAUUUGGAGUUGAAAUUAAUGAUAUGACAUUAACAGAAAGCUGGACAUUUUUAACUUUAAAAUCAUUUGCAAGCUUCCAUUUAAAUUGAUGGUAAAUUAAACUUGGAAAACCUAAGUAUGUGAAACUGAGACACCAACAAGUUCUUAAGCUGUUUUAAUCAUUUAUUUUGUUGACCAAUAAUUGAAUAUUAUUAUGGAGUAGUAAAUUGUUUAUACUAUAUUGAAACUUAAGGGGUUAUCGAAAAAUUACUCAAACCAUAUUUAAAAAUAGAAAUCUGUCUUUUAAUUGGGGGAAGUAUGUUCCUAGUUGUCAUUUCAACACCUGAUACUAAAUUUUAAUUUUGAAGUAAAAUUUUAUCAGUGUGCUUCAUUUUAUAUGUGUCUCUAUGAGGCAGGAAAGGGAGCGCAGCUCCUGAAGGCCCCACCUACAUGGCAUAAGACUUAAUGAGGAAUAGGAGGUUGUUAGUCUGUAUAUUUGCAGCAGCUUUGGUUUAGUCCUGUCUAAACAUUUCCAACUAUACAUUUUUUGUAUUGGAAUCGCAUAUCAAAGAUGAAUAUUAUCUAGCUGGGGCUGUACCUCAGCAAUAGAACACAUGCCUGGCAUGCUUCAGCCCCUGGGUUUGAUCCCUACCACCACAAAAACAAAAACAAAUAAAUAAAGAUGAGUAUGCUUACCUGAAAAAAUGUUUCCAGUGAAUAAAAUGCCUCCAGUUGUAUUCCUGAAUCUCUGUGAGACCAAUUGUGUUUUGCAAUUUGACACGAUAUAGUUUUUAAUAUUAGCUGCAUGGUGUGCUAUAAAAGUCUGGGCCUUCUAACCUCUACCAAGGAUGAUAGAAUUAGGGAGGCUACAAUUAUAGAAAAUAUGUGCAGUGCCAAUUUGUGAAUCUAUGGGAUAUUGCAGAAUAUCAAUGUUUGACUACUCUUGUCUGCAGUUGACAUGUAUAUUUGCAUGAAUGAAUGUAAGAGAUGUUGAAUCUACACUUAAGUACACUCACUGCAGAAAUUAAGGGUUAUUUUUGCAUGAUAAAAAUAUAACUACAACACAACUUUUUACCCCAUUUUUCUGAUCAAAUCGACCUGCUCCAACAUUAUUGUAAAAUAAAGUGAGGAAUAAAUUCAGACGUCAGUACCACCAUCCUCAAAUUGUCACGUUUGCUGCCCCACUGUAUUUUUAAUAAAAUAACCAACUAUUCAUAAUAUUUUUCAAUUACUGUAUGGUAUUAAAUUUAAAAUCAUUAUAGGCUUUUUCUUAAACAUUAAAAUGCAAUAAUAUAUUAUUUCUGAGAAAUCACUGAAAAUAUCCAUAGGGUAUGAUGUUUUGUAGUUUUAAUAACCAAAUCAUUUUUUCAGUGUUAAAGAGUAACAGAGCAGAUAGUAUGCUGUCUCAGAUUCAUGGAACUGACUCAGAACCAAUGUGGACAUUAAUUUGAGGAAAGUAACAGCAAUAAAGUGUACAUUAGAUAAGAUUGACCCUGUGGAUAUGACUUCUGACCCUAAGGGUUGUAAAAGCUGGUUAAGUCCGCAGUUGGGACCAGUUUACUUUUUAAAAGAAAAUAAGAAGUAAUUCAUUUUUUUUCUAAUUUAGAAUUUUAAAACAUACUAUGUCCCAGCUUCACUUUUUGAACACAGAAUCUUAAGCAUAUCUUGUUUUAAGAGAAAAUGAUCUGAAUGAAAGCCAUCACCUAUUGACAGGAAAGAUACCAAGUUGAUUUAGGGGGAUAUACACUUAAUUAGGUAAAGAAAUGUAUUAAGUAUAACUAAUUUGCUAGUGCCAUAGAAAUGUUUUCUUUGUAUUUUUGUAAAUAUAAAAUGUUUGCUUAAGCUAAAAUUGUUUUUCACUUACUGCUUUUGUGAAAUAGUAACUUUUGAGAAUUCCAUUUUUACAUAAUAUUGUCAUUUAAUCACUGAAGUACCAUUUCCUAAUUUUAAAAUAUCUGUUAAUUUCUUUUAUGGUUUUAAAAAUUAUUCUUAAACUAAUGAGAUGUGUGUGUAUUUAGGAAAUAAAAUUGAACAGCAGAUUCAGUUUUCUAAUAGUUUGAAGUACAUUAUAUUACAUAUCAACUUAGUCAAACCUGACUUUCAUUAUAGAAUAGACUAUACAUUGGGAAUAUUUUCCUGUUUUAGUAGACAAUUCCAGUCUAUAUCCUAAGACAAUCAUCCUAUUUAGGUGUAAUACUGUUAUAAAGACAUCAGUAAUUUCAGGUUUUAUGUUUUUACUUUUCUCAUAGGCUUAUGGAAUGAAAAUUAUAGGCCAAGUUACACUUUCUUAGGAAAGAAAGAAUUAAAGCUAGACUUCUUACAGGUCUGCAUGAAAGAAAGAUAAUUAAAAUUUUUAUGUAUAUAAUUAAUAUUUUCUCACUUGAAAAUAUUGUGAAUGUCCACUUGUCCCUGAUCAAAGUUGAGAUUUAUAAAUAUUUGAACAAUAAAUUUUCUCAGACAUCAAGGCAAUAUGAGUAACCACUGUAAAAUAUAAAAUAAUGAUAUAUGAUUGCCCCCAAGUAAAUAUUUCCAAACCAUGGAGAAAUAACCACUGUAUUUUCUUCAAAAUCCUAUUCUUACUCUCCUUUGCACACUUUUUUUAAUGGUAUUAGGGAUCAAACUCGUGACCUUGCAUUUGCCAGGCAGGUGCUGAGCUGCUGAGCUACAUCCCCAGCCCUAUUUUUUUUCUAAAAUAAAAAACGCAGGAAAAAAACACUUAAAGUACCACUGUAAGAAUUUUUAGUAACAUUUCCUGAAGAAUGGGUUGUCUUUAAACUCUUGUAGCAUUAUUAAAAUGACCUAAUAGUGCAGUAAAAUAAUUUAGAACUUGAGUUUUAUGUCAUUAUAGUUAAUAAAUGUAUUCCUUUUGCCAAAUAGACCAUAUGAUUAGUUUUCCAACUGUUUUUGUUUUUAAUAAACUUUUCUGGUCAGCUAUCUGAGAGUCCUAUAUUUUGCAGGAUUCUUCCAGUUGAGGUAGAAGUCUUAGAUAACAGAAACGGAGAUGGCAGUGUCCUAACAUUUCCAUAGUAGAGGUUACACGUGAAAUUUAUCCAAAUGGGUUUUCUUGUGUAGCUGCAGUAUAAAUAAUGUAUUAAUCAAGUCAGAUAAAGCAGUUAUAUAAAUCACUUUUUACUUCAGUCCAGAGAUUCUUAUAAUUUCAGGCCACUUUAUUAUUUUCUAUGAAAUGUUACCAUUGUAAGGCUGAGUAUUCUUUUACAUUAUUCAAACAUAAAUUAAUUUAGUCAAAUAGUUAAAAUAACUUGAUUUUCUCCCCUGAAAAUAAUGGAACCUGCUAUCUGCAUCAUGAUCAUUAUAGGCAAAAAUGCACUUGUUUAAAUCAUAGCAGAAAUUACAUUUGGACACUAUAAUUACUUGAUUUCUAGUGGUGUGAAAUGCUUUUUAAAAAUUGUGCUUGUCUGUAACCAAAAUGUUAUAGAAUUGUAACAUGAUAGACUAUAGAGUUAUAUUUAUUAGCUCUACUCAAGCGAUUGAAGCACAAUGAUUUUCAUGUAACAAUCCUUAUCAAAGUGCUGCUAAUGUCGUGCAAAUAAUGAAGCUACUUGGUUGCCUAUCUAGCUAUUCACAGAUCACUGUAAUCUUUGAGACAUAGUCUUGUUCAUUUGUAUUAGUUUGAGUGUUGUGGGUUAAUACUUUAGAACAAAUUUCAUCAACUCAGCUGUUAGAUCAUUUGAUUUUAUUAGAUUUUAUAUGUAUUAUCCAUAGAAUAAAUUUUGAAGGGGCUACUUGUUACCAACAACUGUGGGGACAUUAUAUUGUUAGUAUCACUUGAGCAUUUGUAGUAUUUUAAAGUCUUGUCUGUUGUGUUUCUAAACUGCUUAAGCCAUACAGGAUGUUUUUUGUUUCUUUUCUUUCCAGUAGUCUUUCAGCUUUGUUAUGGUUAAUAUUUAAUAGAUUUUAAAAAUUGAAAAGGUUCUUCAAAUAUUUUCUGGAGUUCAUCAUAUCCGCUCUUAUUUGAUAUGUAAUUUGUCGUAAAAGAUAGCAAGCCGCCUUUCACCACUUCACUAAAUCAAUUUCAAAGUAAACACUGUGAUUCUGCAGAGCAGAUUCCAUAGGCUUUCCAGUUUUUUUCCUAUUACACAGUGCCUGCCACUUGAAGGCACUUAAAUACUAGAAAAAAAAAAAAAAAAAAAAAAAACGUUUUGAUGUUUGUUGAGAUAACAAAUACACAAUAUUUGAUCUUUAUUAGUGCAUUAAAGCAAUUUUUGCAUUGAUAAAUGUCUAGGAAUGUGAUUACAUUCAUCAGAUGUGAACUCUUGUAAAUGAGUUUUGUAUUUUGAAUCCACGUAUAUCAAGUGUAUCAUCAAUAUAAAAAUAAACAUUAUUUGCUUACA